AUGAGUCAGGGGUGGGGAGAAGCUCCUCGCACGCCUCGUCUUGAAGAAAACAAGCGCAGAAUCAUGCAAUCAAGUAUUUUUGGUGAUGAUCCACCACCUCGUCAGCAGCAACCCGUUGAAAGAUCGCCAAAUCGCCCUCCACCACAACAAAAUCCACCAAUGUAUUCACCAGAAAAGCAAUAUAGGCCAAUGAAUCAAAAUGAUCCUGCUCCAUCUAACUAUUCUUAUCAACCAGUUGCUGUUACACCAAUAAAUGCUCCAAAAUUUGAUGGAUUAGUUACACAAUCAAACGUACCUUCACUUUCUGCAUUCCCUGAAGUAAACAUUGCACAAAUUUCAACACCGGAUUCGUUUAAUUUUGAUCUGAAACCAAGAACUCCGCUUAGACAAUCACAAAGAUCGCUUCAAUUCAAACCGAAUGCACAAUUGAAAGUAUUAAGAGAUAGUAUAGAGGACGAUAUGAAGAAAUUUACACAGAGAAUAUCUCAUUUGAAUGUUAAUGAGCCCAUAGAAAUAAAAGACGCUUUUGUACCUUCGUCAAACCCACAACCAAAGAAGGAAGAGGCCAAACUUGAGCCUUCCAAAGCAGAACUACUUAAACGUCAAAAGGCAAAGGUAAAGAAAGAAAAAUUACCUCCGCCUGAGUAUAUGCCAGAUCCUGUUCCUCAUGACAUGAAUAAUUCAAGACCGCUUAAUAAUAGUACAAACAUGAAUCUUUCAUCAUCGAUGGGAAAUUCUAUCGGUUUUACAACACAUUCGGAGUUUAUAAUGCCGGAUGGAUCGUCAUUCCAAUAA